AUGAAGCUCUCGUCGACGUUGGCUUUGGCUGCGCUGGCUGCGCAAGCUGCUGGUGCUGCUCUUAGCCAUAAGCUUGAUGGGUUUACCAUUACGGAGCAUCCGGAUCCUGUGAAGCGAGCUCUGUUGCAGAAAUAUGUCACCUGGGACGAGCACUCCCUCUUCAUCAAUGGUGAGAGGCUGAUGGUGUUCAGCGGCGAAGUCCAUCCCUUCCGUUUGCCCGUUCCAUCUCUUUGGAUUGAUAUUCUUCAGAAAAUCAAAGCUUUGGGUUUCAAUGGUGUCUCAAUUUACAUCGAUUGGGCUCUUCUCGAGGGCAAACCGGGCCACUACCGUGCCGAUGGAAUCUUCGACCUCGAGCCAUUCUUUGAGGCUGCCAAGGAGGCUGGUAUCUACCUACUGGCACGACCUGGUCCUUACAUUAAUGCGGAGGCUUCUGGUGGAGGUUUCCCAGGUUGGCUGCAGCGAGUCAAUGCCACCCUACGAACCAGCGAAGAGGCCUACUUGAAGGCUACUGACAACUACGUUUCCAACAUUGCUGCCACCAUCGCCAAGGCUCAGAUCACAGAGGGUGGCCCAGUCAUUCUCUAUCAGCCUGAGAAUGAAUACUCCGGCGCUUGCUGCGGUGUAGAUAACUUUCCCGAUGGUGCUUACAUGCAAUAUGUUGAGGACCAGGCCCACAAGGCCGGAAUCGUUGUUCCCUUGCUCAGCAACGAUGCUUGGGCUGCUGGUCACAAUGCCCCUGGAACUGGUGAAGGCGAGGUCGACAUUUACGGACAUGACAGUUAUCCCCUAGGGUUUGACUGCGCCAAUCCGAGCGUGUGGCCUGACAAUGCUCUGCCUACCUACUUCCGUGAAUCUCAUCUGGAACAAAGCCCCUCCACCCCGUACUCUCUUGUCGAGUUUCAAGGUGGUGCCUUCGACCCAUGGGGAGGAAACGGCUUCGAUGCCUGCGCCGCGCUCGUCAAUCACGAAUUCGAGAGAGUCUUCUACAAGAAUGACUUCAGCUUCGGCGUUGCUUUCCUGAAUUUAUAUAUGACAUUCGGUGGUACUAACUGGGGUAACCUGGGUCAUCCCGGUGGAUACACAUCCUAUGAUUAUGGCUCCCCUAUCUCCGAGUCCCGCAAUGUGACGCGUGAGAAGUACAGCGAGUUGAAGCUUCUUGGUAACUUUGCCAAGGUUUCUCCGUCGUACUUGGUGGCCACCCCCGGCAAUGCCACCAACGCUACCUAUACUAACACCGCCGACCUGACUGUCACCCCAUUGCUUGGAAGUAACAGCACCGCAUCGUCCUUCUUCGUGGUCCGACAUGCAAACUACGCCUCCCUCAACUCCGUUGACUACAAGCUCAAGGUUCCCACCAGUGCUGGUGACCUCACUAUUCCCCAACUUGGAGGUAGUCUGACGCUGAGUGGUCGUGAUUCGAAGAUCCAUGUCGUGGAUUACGAUGUGGCUGGCACGAAUAUUCUUUACUCGACUGCCGAGGUCUUUACAUGGAAGAAGUUCGGCAAUAAGAAGGUCCUUGUUCUGUACGGUGGCCCUGAUGAGCACCACGAGCUUGCGGUCUCCGGUAAGGCCUCCGCUUCUGUCGUUGAGGGCUCGUCGUCAGGCAUUACCACCAAGAAGAAGGGCAAUGCUGUCGUCAUUGGCUGGGAUGUAUCUUCCACCCGCCGCAUUGUCAAGGUUGGCGACCUCAAUAUCCUACUCCUCGAUCGAAACUCUGCCUACAAUUACUGGGUUCCUCAGCUCCCUGCAUCAGGCAAGGCCCCAGGAUACAGCACCCAAGAGAACACUGCCUCUUCGAUUAUCAUCAAAGCUGGCUACCUCGUCCGAACCGCAUACCUUGAUGGAAGUGAUCUCCACAUCACGGCCGAUUUCAAUGCCACGACCCCAAUUGAAGUGAUCGGGGCUCCAUCAAAGGCGAAGAACCUGGUCAUCAACGGUAAUAAGUCUCAAGUCAAAGUCGAUAAGAAUGGCAUCUGGACCACCAACGUCAAAUACUCGGCCCCUGACAUCAAGAUCCCAACCCUGAAGAACUUGAAGUGGAAGUCCAUCGACACUCUACCUGAAAUCAAAAACACAUACGAUGAUUCAGCCUGGCCUUCCGCUGAUCACACAUAUACCAACAACAGUGUCCACCCGCUCACGACUCCCAGCUCUCUAUACUCUUCAGACUACGGCUUCCACACCGGAGCGCUCAUCUACCGUGGACACUUCGUCGCCAACGGCAACGAGAAGGACAUAUUCCUGCACACUCAAGGUGGCUCAGCAUCCGGUAGCUCAGUCUGGAUCAAUGAGACAUAUUUGGGCUCUGCCGUUGGAAUCGACGCAGCAACAAACUCCAACGCCACCUACACCCUGCCAAACCUAAAGUCAGGCAAACCCUACGUGAUCACCGUAGUCAUCGACAACAUGGGCCUAGACGAGGACUGGACCGUCGGCGAAGAAGAAAUGAAAAAUCCUCGCGGAAUUCUCAACUACAGCCUCUCCGGCCACUCCGCCAGCGCCAUCACCUGGAAAUUGACCGGCAACCUAGGCGGCGAGGAUUACCAGGAUACCGUGCGAGGCCCACUGAACGAGGGCGGCCUCUACGCCGAGCGCCAGGGUUUCCACCAGCCCCAGCCGCCAACGCAGAAAUGGGCUUCCAGCAGCCCAUUCACUGGUCUUUCGAAGCCUGGCAUUCAAUUCUAUAGCACCAGUUUCGAUCUGAACGUGCCCAAGGGCUGGGACGUUCCGCUUUAUUUCAAUUUUGGAAAUACCACCACGCCCCCGGUUGCCUAUCGGGCCCAGCUGUAUGUCAAUGGUUACCAGUAUGGCAAGUAUGUCAACAAUAUUGGUCCUCAGACUAGUUUCCCUGUUCCGGAGGGUAUUCUGAACUACCGUGGUACCAACUGGCUGGCGCUGAGCCUGUGGGCUCAGGAGGAGGGUGGUGCGAAGCUUAGCUCUUUUGAAUUGGUGCAUACUACUCCUGUUCUUACUUCUUUGGGUGAGAUCGAGUCUGUGGACCAGCCUAAGUACCAAUCUCGCCGUGGCGCUUACUAG